UGAGUGAAAAUGGACGGAAGCGAAAGUAAUGUUAGAAAAAAAGUCAGGACAGUUUCAAAAACGAACAGACAAAACAAUUCAGAAAACAAAAACAAAGGAGAGCCGCAAGUGGAGCUAGAAAGUCAGUUUAUAAUGCGGUUUCCAGAGGAAGCUUCAAAUGUUUUAAGAGAAAUUUUACGCAACGGCUUGCCUCUGAAAGAAAGACUGGCCAUAUCUCUGGAUACUGACUUACGAAACGGAACAGUUAGAUUUGACAACUGGCUAUUUCAUACAAAGCUAUUGGAUUUGCCGACAAUCGUUGAGUCCCUGAAAACCAUCGACAACAAGAGUUUCUACAAGACUGCGGACAUUUGCCAGAUACUUAUCUGCAAAGAAGAGGAGGAUCACACGACGGAUGAGGAGUCUCCAAUUCGACAGAAGAAAAAAGAUCCCAUCAAGGUCGACAAAAAGUUCCUUUGGCCUCAUGGUAUAACGCCACCGUCCAAGAACAUAAGGAAAAGAAGGUUCAGGAAAACGUUGAAAAAGAAAUACGUUGAAACACCGGAAAUUGAGAAGGAAGUCAAACGUUUGUUGAGGAUUGAUAAUGAUGCCGUGAACGUUAGGUGGGAGGUGAUUUGUGAGGAUGAAGAUCAGACAAAGCCAAAUAUAGUCUCCUCAAGUGGAACUGUUGAGGUCAAAAGUGAAAAUCACAAUGACGUUUCACAAAGUGUUGAUGUUGCCGAACAUGACAUCUUUGGUGAAGCAGUUAGUGACAGCGAAGACGAUGACGUUCCCAUAAAUGUUACGGACAUGGAUGAAAAUAGUCGCAUGUCUGCGGAUAGUAGAGUCUCGGAUUCCAAUUCAAUGCAAGUUGGUUACUCGUCUGCUAACGUUCCGUCUACUAGUAGCGGUCAAUUGGUAACUGAGUUUUCCAAAGAAAUGUUUGAAACAGAUGUCAUUGAAGACAUCAAACCCGACAUUGAAGACGUAAAAAUACCAAAAAUAGAAAAUUACCAUGACUAUGAUCUUUCUGUGGGAUACCCCUUGUCUCAAAACAUUAUGAUUAGCAAAGAUACCAUUCAAGUUCGGCGAGAGCAACUGCAAGCUGAACUGCGUGAUUUGCAAGAGCAAAGACGGCAGCAGGAAGAAAAAAUAGCAAAUAUCGAAAAUGAAAAGCUGAGAGAGCGUUUCCAUGAGAUCAUUGACAACUUAUUUGCUCAAGAAAAUCAGAAAAUUCAAGAAUUGAAUCAACUUGCCGAAUUGGAAGAUAAUGUGUGAAUAACUAACAAGACUGAAUACACUGAAUUUUUAUGUGAACGUACCCAUUUAAAAUGAUGUAAAAUAUGUGGAACCAUAUGUUUUACGUGCUAAAGUUUGAAAGAUUAAACAUAAAUUUAAAGGUUUGUAAAUAAUUUGAUCGAUAGAGAUACUAUACAAAAACAAUCGAUUAAAGAACAAAGAGAGUGUAAAGUAUAUUUUUUUGUAAAUAGAUGAAUAUUAUUUUAACAAAAAUUAUCCAUUCCGUAAUUUGAAAUUUAACUCCAUAUAUUUUGCACUAGACGCCACUAAAAUUACAUUGUGGUUGUGUCGUUGUGUCACAUUAGCGCAUAAUUAUUGGAGUAGUGCAUAAAUUAUCAAUUACGUAACAUACCCAGCAAAAUUGGUAUACAUACAAUUGUGGACAUUACAAAUUUCGAUGACCAAAAGCGGGCUGUCAUUUGCUCAUCACAUCCAAACAAGGUGGAUUGGGAUUUGAUGCGCACAAAGCCCGAGCGCUUAUCUCCUCGUCUAUUCUCUCUCGCUCUCUAUGACUGGAGCGAACAUCAAUCUUGACAAGUUCAUAUGGACAGACCCCACGAGCGGAAGUAAUGUCCCAUUUUCCCCGUGGUAUGGGAGCGUCAGAAGCCUCUGCGUAUGUACUUACCGAUUAACCCGCAAUAAAGGGGGACUGGUGCUGGCUCUCUUGCAGCUGCUGAUGAUGCUGUUGCACGGUGUAAUCACUUUUUAUGCGGAACGAGCCAAUUUGCCAAGGACGUGGACUGGAGAGCACUAAUUUGUUGCUAGGGCUACCAAUGUUGGACCUGUUAUCACUCCCUGUCAUGAAUGUAUAUAGUCUUUUUUUUAAUGUAAAAAAAAAGAAAUAUUGAUGCAACGGAUCAUCUAAUGUUUUUAUCUUGCACAAAGUGCUUAUUUUGAUCCGAGUGAAAAAACUUGAUAUUGGCGUUUGACAUUAAAAUAAAUCAAAAGUGUAUUUUAUUAAUCACAUUGUGUGUGAUGUAAAGCGAAACAAGGUCAAAUGGAAAAUAUUUUGAGACCUUUCUUAAAAAUGUAAGUAAAAAAUCUUUUUUUUUAGUUUCUUGAGGGUAAUUUUGUUAUUAGAAAGAAUAAAAGCGAUAAAACUGCAGUUCGCGCAAAUGUAUACUUUAAAAAAAAAUUUGAUAAUUGUAAAGGAAAACGUGUGCAG